AUGGAGAAACGAUCAACGGAGAGUCCAAUGGACUUUGAGUGGCAGACUCGCGCUCCAGGCGAUGUCACGUCACCCUUCUACCAGCUCAGCAUGCAGCAUGAGAAUGAGAAGAAGCGUAAGGAUUACGCCCGCUCGAUUCCUUUCCCCUUGUUGACCAGCAGGUCCAGAGAGCCUAACUCGCAGACUUUUCUCUUCUCUCAACCGCCUCCCCAGUCAUCCCCGACUCGUCCUGAUGCCAUCUUCGGCAAGCCUGCCUUCACCACCCCUCGCAAAUUCGAUCUCGACUUCUCCUCCGGUGCGGAGAAUGCCUCGUCCCCCGAAAACGCUGAUAAUGACGAGACUCCUGAGCCGACCCCGAAGAAAGAAAAGCGCAACUCGCUGUUUGGGUUGUAUGGACGAUUUGCUCCCAGUCCUGGACGAGGAGAGAUUCCCCGUCUGAACAACUACUCCAAUGCGCUGGCACGGCGGGUGCAGAAGAGGCGGCGGCGUGAACGGGAGUUGGAUCGGCGACUUCGAAGAGACAGCGACGAUGACAGUGAACGGCCCAGCAGUAGUGAGGGAAAAGCAGCGAAGGAGAAGCAGCAGCAACAACAGCAGUUGCAGCAGCCACCCUCCUCCCGUUACUCCUCGUUUUCGGAGUUCUUUGCUCUACUCGAGGCACAUCCGAAUGUGCCUGCCAUUUUGUCGUGGUGGGCACAGCUGGUUGUGAAUCUCUCGCUCUUCUCAUUGACCGUCUACGUCGUCUUUUCCUUCGUCUCCGCCAUCCGAGCCGAGUUCGAUCAAGCAGCAGCAGAAGUUUCUGAUGGAAUCUUGGCGGAGAUGGCGGUGUGCGCGAAGAACUAUGUCGAUAACAAGUGCGGUAGUGGGGAGAGGCUUCCUGCUCUGGAGACGGUGUGCGAGAAUUGGGAACGGUGCAUGAAUCGGGACCCGGCCAAGGUUGGACGUGCAAAGGUGUCGGCGCACACUAUGGCCCUGAUCAUCAACAGCUUCAUCGAUCCCAUCAGUUGGAAGGCAAUCCUUUGCUUUCUGGCAACCAUUUCGACGGUCACCGUGGUGAGCAACUGGUCAUUCCGCUCCUUUCGCAACCGUCUCCAUCAGCAAGAGUACAUGCAUCCGCAUUCUGUACCGCAACCAUCUCAUCAGCCCCAUCAACCGGCGCAACUCCAGCCUUUACAAUAUCCUAAUGCUAGCAAUAAUCUUAGUCUCGAUCCUGGCAAGACAGCAAACCGGGAGGGAAGUCCUGUGCGCAAGCCCAGUUUCGAGCAGAAGAAGGAUGAGCCUCUGAUGCUUGAAGACACGCCCUCUCGGUCGAUGGAGUUUGUCACGGAGAGGAGUCGCGAGCGCGAGCAGCACAUGCGUACUCCCAGUCCUUCGAAGAGAGAUCGAAAACUGUUUUAG